AUGGAGGGUACAAUAGCUAUGCUGAAGACCUCUCCGGUUAGAGCGGGUGCUCAGGUUGAUGAAUCAACAGUUUACUUUCAUCGUCUUUUUUGGAUAUUUCCUCCAUGUAUUGAGGCUUUUCGACACUGUAAGCCGCUUGUCAGCAUCGACGGUACACACUUGUAUGGCAAGUAUGGAGGGACUUUGUUGUUGGCUAUUGCUCAAGACGGAAACUCGAACAUCUUGUCCGUUGUGUUUGCACUUGUGGAAGGAGAAAAUGCAGAUUUCAAGGGGCAGGAUACAAUGUGGUUGCUGGUAAAUGUUGCUUAUGCGAAGACAGAGGCCGAGUUUGACUAUUGGUUUGAUAUAAUGAGGACAGACAAUCCGGCUAUGUGUGAUUGGACAAACAGGAUGGAGUAUGAGAGGUGGACACAACACAAGGAUGGUGGCAGACGAUAUGGUCACAUGACGACCAGCAUAUCUGAGUGUGUCAACUCUGUUUUGAAAGGCACCAGAAAUCUACCAGUGAAGUCAUUGACGGCAGAGGCACAGCUUGGAUCUGGGCACUGGUUUUUCCAGGCGCUUGUGAAAGCCAUUGAGCGGAACUUGAGGGAUUCAAGGUGCUUCACAGUGACACUGUUCGACAGGCAUCAAUCUGAGUAUACCGUGGCAGAGACUACUCCUACAUGUAACUUCUCAGUGGGUACCUAUCGAGUUUCUCUUAGGAAUCGCACCUGCGACUGUGGCCACUUUCUGGCCCUGCACUACCCCUGUUGCCAUGCAAUCGCAUGCUGUGCUCAGUCGCGGCUAGAUUGGGCCACGCAUGUUGAUGAAGUUUACAGCAUGUCUGAGGUAUUCAAGGUGUACCAGAUGGGCUUUGCACUUUGUAUUCCAGAGGGACUUUGGCCGCCAUAUGAUGGACCUACUGUCAUCCUUAACCCUAACAUGCGACGGGAUAGAGAAGGGCAAUCGCAAUCCACCCGCAUCCGCAACAACAUGGAUGAAGGUGACUCUAGUAGACCGAAGCGAUGUGGCCUAUGCAGGAAACCCGGCCACACUCGUAGGAGUUCCCCUCAGCGAGGUUCGACGGUUGGGUCCUAG